AUGGGCCCCCUAGGUCACACCUUGUGGGUGAAGCGCACCCGCUGGCGGAAGCGGUGUGGAACUCUGUGGUCCGAAGAGGAGUUAAUUGUUGCCAUUUAUUUCCUGUCCCGGCUGAUUCAUCCAGAGACUGUUCGCUGUCUGCUUUUGCGUCGAGGCUACAAUCGCUCGAUUGGCGCUAUUGAGCGAAAAGCUCUCUCGGUAGCUCAACAAAACCCGUACCUGAGGUCAUCUGAAGGUCACUGGGACGUCAGUGCCGUGGACCACUGGACGUGGCAUCUAAUCAAGCGGUUGAUGACCUGUUAA